AUGUUUGUCCGUCAACUCGUCGUUAGAGUUAUCGCUGCCGCAGUGUUGCUCAAAAUAGUGAGCGUCAUCUGGCACCAAUAUGUCUUUCAGUCUUUCCUCGUCGAACAGCAAAUCACAUUCGACGAUUUCCCCACCGACUACGCGAAGAAAUUGAACGAAUCGCGGGCAAACAACCAGCAGCCUCAGGAGUCCGACUACUCUUCCACCUACAACGGAACCAAGAUCCCACGUACGAUACACUACAUAUGGUUCGAAAGAAUCUACCCAGGCCAUGAAGGGCCUUCUGGAGGCCCAUCGAUUGGAUUUGGAUCACCGCAACUAUGUCGCGAGCACAACCCAAGCUACGAGAUCCGCAUGUGGAAUGCAACGAGCGCUCGCGAGUUUCUAUCCAAUGAGUACGCCUGGUUCUUACCAACAUAUGACAACUACAAGUACCCUAUUCAGAAGGUCGACGCCUUGAAGUACUUCGCGCUUUAUCACUUUGGUGGUGUAUACAUGGACCUAGAUGUCGCGUGUCGACGCUCAUUGGAUCCUUUGCUUGACUUUCCAGCCUGGUUUCCGGAAGCAUCGCCUUUGGGUGUCAAUAACGACCUGAUGGCAUCCGCAGCAAAGCAUCCGAUCGUGAAGAGGAUGACAGAGGGUCUGGUGACACACAACUGGAAUCUACUGUUCCCAUACCUUACAAUCUUCUGGACGACUGGGCCACAGUUCACGAGUACGAUACUGCAAGAAUGGUUCGAGGAGUGUCCCGAUGGAAAAUGUAUGCAGCGCGGGGCCAGAGACGACCUUGGUAAGUCAGCAACUUAUGCUCAACAAACAAAGACAAUCUUGAUAGCUGACUUGUUCCACCCAGACUCGGAUUCCUUCGUCGUCCUACCGCGAGUCUUCUACUCAGAAGAAUACACCUUUUUCGGUCAUAAGCCUGGAGGAUCAUGGCAUGGUGGGGAUGUCGCCGUGGUAUUGUGGUUCGUAGAACGACCAUGGGCGAUCGCAAGUGUUGCCACAGCCUUUGUUGGAACGAUCUUUGGUAUUAUUCGGUUGAGGAGCAGACGGGCCCGACAAAGAGGGAAGGCAUAUAUUCCACUGGUUUAG